AUGUCGAUAAAAUGCGGAAAAUCUAUAAAUCAUCGAAGCUACGAUAGACGAAGUUUACAACUAGAUAAAAAGAAUUUGUCGCGGAAACAAACAACAAACAAACCAAUGCGAAAUCCAAACUUAAUUUCAUUCAUAGCUUUUAAAGCUUACGCAUUUGGCUCUUUCAAGCUCGUAAAUAGCAUUUUGCAAACAAAAGAAAUAAAUAUGCUAUAA